AUGGAUAGAAAACGUUCAAGUUAUAUAUCAGGCAAGGGAAAGAUUAUGGAUGACAUUAAAAAAGCCAAAGGAGAUUGUGAGGAUUCAAAGAGCAGCUCCCACACAAAAUAUUUUCAAAGACUGAAAUAUACAACAGAUUAUAAAAGAAUAACUCGGGACGAAUACUUAGGAUAUUCGGAAUCAAUAUCGGGUUCAUCUGAUACUUUCGGCUGCUUGCAUGGACCGGAAGGAAAGCAGUACUCAACGGAGGCAAAACUUAAAAGAAAUUUAAUAAAAGAACUAGAUCCUGUACCGGUCGCCCGUGCCUGGACGGACAGAUGUCCUCCAGCUCUAGGAUGGGAGAUAGUGGAAACCUUAGAGUUCCUUGUUACUGAUCCUGUGGGAUGCGACUAUGUCGACAGAUUGGAAAUUCAUCUCCGUGAUUUUGCAAGGACUGCUCGUUCAGGGUACCUCAUGGUCCGUGUGGAGGACGAGGACAUGUUCGAGCUGGUGUCUCGAGGGCUCCUGUGUCAGUUGUCAGCUCGACCCCGCCAGGCGAGGUCAGCACACGCUGAGAGCGGUGUCUCUCUGAGGCACGCCCUGCUAGCGGCCGCGUCUCCUGCUCUGUACCGUGUCAUAGUCUCCACGCUGGCCGUCGCCUCCCCGACCAGGUUCCCGGCGUUCCUCCAGAUAGCCUUGAUACUCGCCAGUGCCUCUCCACAAAACUGUAUCGAGAUGAUCAAAGAGAAUAUAAUUGAAAAUAUAUUUUACCGUUUUAAUCCAUUUUACCCCCAACGUUUACCAGACCACGAGACUAAUCCCCUCGAUCCUCAAGAUCAGAACAUAAGACUCGGUGACAGCACCAUCCACAUGUCAAGUACUCUAUCUCUGUUACUCAUUCUGUUGAAACACUUAAAGAGUUUCGUGGACGAAAAUGAAAAUGAACGAAGGACGCUGCCUUGUCCGGACUUUUAUUCGCAGAGGUGCUUUAUUUGGGCGUUCCGCUAUGAGUGCCGGGCUCGUGAACACGGCCACGAGCGGCUCACGUUGACGGCCAUAGCUUACACCUUACUACACUGUUACUUGGGAAGACUCGAGGCUUUCUCCACACUCUUGAUGUCAGAUAUCAUGACCCUAUCCGUCUUUACCGAGAUCCCUGCUAAAGCCAAUUGGACCCGCACAGUGAACUUCAACACGGCACAACUAGACGUUCAGUUUAAGAAGCUUUUAAUAAGCCUGUCCGUUGCUCUCCUUAAAGUCUUCCCUUAUAACAGAUUUAUGGUUGAAUCUCAGCACUGGCUCUUGGGUUUGAUGUUUCUAUUAGACCCUGGUCUGUGUCAUCUGAGAGCUCACUGGUCCCCCUCACUGUUUGCAGAACUUCGAAAAGUAGCCUUACAAGCGUUGGUUUGCACGCUACCGCUUAUGAGAGAUAAUAUUAUCAUCGAGUAUGGAUUAGUUAGGAGAUUAAUGUGGUACGUGGAGUGGUACUCUGAGAGUCCGUACGAGCUGCCGGUGUUGUACUGGUGUCUCCGUCUGCUACUUGUUUCAGCUCGGAAAGACUGCAUCCAGGAACUGUUUGAUACGCACGGAUUGAUCAUACUGAUACACUUAUGUUCAACGUUGUUGGACCAGCAGUGUCCCCCGGUCGUUCGCUCCCAGCUGGUCCUAGGGCUCGCUGUUCGUCUGUUGUCCUCGGCGGCGUCUAAGCGUCUCCAGGUCCGAUGCUGCGUGUAUCCUCUCAUCAUGUGGCCGGAGUCCGUGCUGCCUCUGGCCUCGCAGAUGCUCGACGUGGCUCUGUACGCUCUCAACAAACAACAUAUCGUCAGCGACAGGUUACAUCACAUAACAUGUUUAUUAUUGGGAGAUUGUAUGUGUUCCCCGAGCGUGCAGUGUGUGUCUCUGUCUGUCAUUGUGGACGCGGUAAGAGGUGGCAGAGCUGCCGGCUACCUGGUCACAUGGCGGGCCCCGCUAGCAGCGGCGAGUGCUAAUCCUGUCGUAGUUAAGAGAGGAAGCACCAUCGCCAGCCUCAUAGCGUCCGUGUUUAAAGACAGCUGCUUGAAGAGAGGCGUCUCUCUGAACGAUAAGGGUGUCAUACAAAAUUUAAAACAUCCACUGAUGGGAAGUGACGUCCUCACACAGACGGACGGCCGGUGUUCAGAGUUUGAAGUGGCUGGCUCACGAAUGUCCAAGGCCUUCGCCCUCCUCCAGCUGCUCUCCGAGGAUCUCAAGCACAAGGUGUCCGUAGCCGAUGAAUCAUUUAAUUUAUAUAAAAACAUUAAACUAUCUCCAGAAGAAGAGACUAUUUUGAUAUUAUGUUCACAUUAUUUGACUCUCAAGUUAAAUGAGACCUGGCUUGAAACGAGACGAGAGACGGUGAAACUACUGCCGCAAGAUGAAGAUACAUUGAAUGAAUUUGUUGAAAUCAACGUAGGAUGGGCGAAAGAAAUUAAGCGACAACAAGAAUAUGUUCUAGAAAGACACGAGAAAGAAGAGGUGUGUGAGGAGGACAGUCUGUACUGUCUGCUGGCCCGCGGCCGACUGACCUCGUCCCUGGACGGGCUGCAGCUGGUCCGCUGCUCGGCCCGCUCGGCCCGCCCCGCCCCCGGGCCUCGCCGCGGGCCCGCCGCCCUCCCAGCCAACACUAUCCUCACAUACAAGCCUCCGCUCGACGACCAGAACGUGACGGGUCAGUACGUGCACGUGGUGAGCAUCAGUCAGAAGCGACCCGCGGCCAGGACCACACAAGUGUCGCCUCCACCACACGUACAUCAGUGA